AAACACAUCACACUUCACAACACACAACAAUCAUCACAUUAGAGAGAGAAAAAGAGAGAAAAAAAAUUGAAAAAAAGUAAAAGAAAAACCCUUACUUGCAUUGCAUUGCACAGCAGUACCUCCUUCUGUUCCCUCCCAACCAACCCCUCAUGCCUUGUCGCUGACCCGACCCGACCCGUUGAACUCGCCGGAAACUUUGUCCAAAAGGGUCUCCGGAUUUGCCUAUGGCCCUCCAUUUCCGACCCUAGAGACCCUUCAAGUUUUGGCCUUUUCUCCUUCGCUUCCCCGUUUUGGGUACUCAAUUUCUGAAAUCACUGCAACUGAGAGAGCUUUUCUGAGAACUCCUGCCCCGACGACAUGUACGUCGUGCCUCCGCCGCAGCGCUCCGAUCAGGGGUCAGGAUCCGGCGAUUUGCGGGUCUACCAAGCUUGGAAGGGUAGCAAUAAAUUUUUUCUUCAGGGAAGGUUCAUAUUUGGACCAGAUGUGAGAUCACUGGCGCUGACAAUUUUUCUUAUUGUUGCUCCUGUCGCAGUUUUCUGUGUCUUUGUUGCCAGAAAACUGAUGGAUGAUUUUUCUGACCACUGGGGGAUAUCCAUAAUGGCUGUUGCUGUUGUGUUCACAGUUUAUGUCUUGGUUCUUCUUUUGUUUACAUCUGGCCGAGAUCCAGGCAUAAUUCCACGCAAUGCACAUCCUCCGGAGCCAGAAGGUUUGGACAGUAAUCUAGAUGUUGGUGCUGGUCAGACUCCUCAACUGCGGUUGCCUCGCUUUAAGGAGGUUGAGGUCAAUGGCAUCCCUAUUAAGAUCAAGUAUUGUGAUACUUGCAUGCUCUACAGACCUCCUCGUUGCUCACACUGCUCGAUCUGUAAUAAUUGUGUGGAAAGGUUUGAUCAUCACUGUCCUUGGGUUGGGCAGUGUAUUGGACUGCGUAAUUAUCGGUUCUUCUUCAUGUUUGUCUUCUCAACUACGCUACUCUGUAUAUUUGUUUUUGCGUUUUGCUGGGUUUAUAUUGUAAGAAUUAUGACGGCAGAAAAGACAACAAUUUGGAAGGCAAUGAUAAAAACUCCAGCCUCCAUUGUGUUAAUAGUUUACACCUUCAUAUCAAUGUGGUUUGUAGGCGGCCUCACUGCCUUCCAUUUAUAUUUGAUUAGUACCAAUCAGACUACUUAUGAAAACUUCAGGUACCGAUAUGAUCGGCGAGCCAAUCCAUAUAACAAAGGAGUGUUGAAUAAUUUCAAAGAGAUAUUCUGCAUCAGCAUUCCCCCGUCAAAGAACAAUUUCAGGGCAACAGUGCCAAAAGAACCAGCAUUACCUACUCGAUCGGUGGGUGGAGGCUAUAUGAACCAAAACAUGGGGAAAGUUGGGGAGGACAUAGAAAUGGGAAGAAAAACAGUAUGGGACAUGGGUGCUGGAAUUGAUGAUUCUGAAGCUCAAUUAAGCAAUGACCGUGUGGCUGUAAAGGAUGGCGAAUUGUCUCCUGAAAUCAGGACGACAGUUGAUGACACAGACCGUGCUGGAAUGCAUCCUCGGCGAUCUAGCUGGGGAAGAAAAAGUGGAAGCUGGGAAAUGUCCCCUGAAGUUUUGGCUUUGGCAGCCAGGGUGGGGGAACCAAACCGUGUCGGCGGAGACAGCAGUAGUAGUUUGACACUUGACAAUCGUCGCGUGUAGCCGAAUGGCAUGGCCGAAGGGACCUGGAAAAAGAUUUGAUUUUACAGUGAUGAUAUAAAAGAAAAGAUUACAUUGUUGAUGUGGUAAGUCUACACCAAAAUCAUGUGCAAUAUGGGUUGUAGGCAUUUGCAAGGUGUUUGUUAGUGUUUUUUAGGCAUUCUGCUUCCAAGAAGAAAUUGUUUGGUGUUGCUUGAUGUUGUAUUAUGCAAUUAAUUAGCCUUUGCACCUGUGGAAGUUGCUGCAGCUCUCUAUCUCUCGUGGCUGAAGGCUAGUGACAUGAAAUAUCCCGGAGGAAAUCAAUGAUGGAUCAAGCGGAAUUGUUCUUACUAACUUAUCUUGAUGCUUGAGUUAAAUGUAGUUGGUGUGUUAGGAUGAGAAACUUAAUGAGACAGAUUUGCCAUGACAUAAAUCUUUACUCUUUGUUACCACUCUAGUGCUAUUGCCAUUCUACUUUUAAGUAGGAACAUUGCAUACCAUGUAUAAUUCCACAAUGUUUGUGUUACAAAUACAAUCCAUGGCUUGAAAAACAGUUUUUAUUAUUCUUUUCAA